AUGGCUAUCCGCCUACCACAUAUUGCCAGCUCUAAGAAAGUUCCCAAGGGUUACUUUGCAGUUUAUGUCGGAGAGAACCAGAAGAGGUUUGUGAUACCAGUGUCCUUCUUGAACCAGCCUUUGUUUCAAGAUUUUCUAGGCAUGUCAGAAGAAGAAUUCGGCUAUAGUCAUCCUACUGGCGUUUAUACAUCCAUCGAAAAGAACAAUGCUAUCCCCCUGCCUCGUAUAGUGAGCUCCAAGAAAAUUCCCAAAGGCUACUUUGCAGUUUAUGUUGGUGAGAACCAGAAGAGAUUUGUGAUACCAGUAGGGUUCUUGAACAAGCCUUCGUUUCAAGAUUUUCUACGCAUGUCAGAAGAAGAGUUCGGAUACACUCAUCCUACUGGCGGUCUCAGAAUUCCUGGCAACAAAGACAUCUUUCUCGAUGUUACCUCUCGCUUGAAUUGA